AUGGGAUCUCAUUGUUGCAAAAUGGACCAUUCUAUACGAUAAGGUUGUUUUAUUUUCUAUCUUCAGAUGAGUUGGAUUUAGAUUUAGAUGAAAUUUCAAACAUCACUCCUCUACCACUUUCAAAGGCUUCUAUUUCAUAGAAGGACACAAAAAAGAGUAAAGCUACUCAACUUCAUAGGAGAGAAAAAUCAAUGUCUCCUUGCUCUUUAGAAAGGAGUAAAACUCAUAAAGAGAUGGCAGUUUAAGAGGAUGUCUUAAAUACUGAAGGAGAACAUAGGCAUAAUCUUGAAGUUUUAUAAGUCAUGUAGUAAAUGUCUAAAACAACAGUUGUUGAAAGUAAAUUGUUUAUGAAUUGUUAGUAACAUAACCUAUUAGAAUGAGUAGUCUUAGUUAAAUUGGAACAGCAACUAAAAUAAAACUUGGAAUAGAUAUUUUUAUUCAUUUAAAAGAAGGAUCAAUAAAUUCUUACUAUAAAUUUGACAAAGUAUUAGGUUAAGGAGGUUUUGGAAAAGUUUGGAAAGUCACUCAUAAAAUUACAAAUUUAGUUAGAGCAAUUAAAUAGAUUAAAAAGAGUUCAAUAUUAAAGGAAGAAAAAUAAAGAAUGUUUUCAGAGAUGAAUAUUUUAAAAAAUCUAGAUCAUCCAAACAUUUUAAAAUUAUUUGAGCUUUAUUAAGAUUAGAAUAAUUAUUAUUUAGUCACUGAGUAUCAAAAUCAUAAUAUCUUAGAUAUUUAUCUGGAGGAGAGCUUCUGGAAAGAAUUAAAAUUAUGACAUGCUUUACUGAAAACGUAGCAGCUAAUUAUAUAAGAUAAAUAUUAUUAGCUACAUUAUAUUGUCAUGAGAAAAACAUAGUCCAUCGUGAUCUAAAACCAGAAAAUGUAAUUUUUGUAAACUCAGACCCAAAUUCAUUAUUAAAAGUGAUUGAUUUUGGAACUUCAAGAAAAUUUGAUAAAAGCAAAUGCAUGAGUAAAGAUAUUGGAACUGUAAAAUAAAACCUGAUCACUAGCCCUUUUAUGUUGCUCCAGAAGUAUUAAACCAUUAAUAUAAUGAAAAAUGUGAUUUAUGGUCUUGUGGAAUCAUACUCUAUGUAUUAUUAUGUGGAUAUCCUCCAUUUACAGGAAGAACUGUUCAUUAAGUAUUAGAAAGAGUUAAAUAAGGAGUUUUUGUUUUUGAAAGUAUUUUAUUAUUUAAUAUUUAUUUAAAUAGGUCGAGAUUGGGAUGGAAUUUCUAAGGAAGCUAAAUAAUUUAUUUCGAAACUUCUAAGAGUUGAUCCUAAAAGACGAUUAUCAGCUAAAGAGGCAUUAAAUGAUCCAUGGUUACUCAAAUAUAAUCCUUCUACAUAAUUAAAUUUAAGAGUAUUAGAAAAUAUCAAAUAAUUCUAAGUAAGUAUAAUUUUUAAAAAGGCAUAAACUCUUUUAAGAUAAGCACUUAUGUCAUAUAUGAUUACAUAAAUGUCAACAUAGAGAGAAAUUUAAGAGAUUUAAAAUGAAUUUACUAAAUUAGAUUUAAAUCAUGAUGGAAUACUUUCCAAAGAUGAAUUAAUAAAAGGAUAUCAAUAAUUGAAAUCCGAUUCUAAAUUAGUUGAAGAUGAAGUUGAAAAAAUUAUAGAUUUGAUAGAUGUUAAUCGAUCAGGAAUGAUUGAUUUCUCUGAGUUUUGUAUGGCAGCCAUGAACUAAGAAAAAUUAUUUUCAGUAUAAAGAAUAGAGUAAGCAUUUAAGAUUUUUGAUUAAGUAAUAAAGAAUAUAAUAGUACUUAGAAUGGAGAUAGUUUUAUAUCUAAAUAGGAUCUUGAAGCCAUUAUGGGUCAUUUAGAAGAUGAUGUUUGGAAUCAAAUUUUACAUGAAUGCAAUGCUAAUUAAGAAGGUUAAAUUUCAUAUUAAGAAUUUAUCACAGUUUUAUAAUAAAAAACACUUUGA